UUUUGGUUCUCUCUAUUGAAUUCGACUAUAAAUACUGAAUAAUGCCUCUUCAUCAUCGAAAUUUCUCUCGCUCCUUCAGGAUUAAAAAGUGAGAGAUACAACCCAAAAAAAGAAAAAAGAAAAAUAAAGAAAAUUACGAAAAGAUAGCUUUAGGUAGUUAGAUUUUAGCAAUGGCGGCUUCUAAUGGAAGCGAGUAUUUUGAGCUUCAGAUUGAUAGAAUAAAUGAAGGUGGAUUUGCGAGGCCUUCGAAUGCCGAUUCGGUUGCAGAAGACGAAGAUGAGCUCAUGUGGGCGGCGAUUGCCAGAUUGCCUUCUCAAAAGCGAUCGAACUAUGCUCUGUUGCGGAGAACGGCGUCGGAACAAGGUGAGACUGAGACGAUCAACGUAAGGAAGCUUGACCGUCAGAUUCGUGAACUUGUCGUCAAGAAAGCAUUGGCUACUUCCGAUCAAGAUAAUUACAAGUUGCUUUCGGGAAUCAAAGAACGUCUUGAUCGAGUCGGAUUGGCUGUGCCGACUGUUGAAGUGCGGUACGAGAACUUGAAUGUCAAGGCUAAUAUUCAAGUCGGUUCAAGAGCUUUGCCUACUCUGCUUAAUUACACUCGUGAUGCUUUUGAGAGUAUGUUUACUGCUUUGGGAAUACUUCGACCCCAGAGACAUUCUUUAACCAUCUUGAACAACAUCAGCGGUGCUGUGAAACCUGGAAGGAUGACCUUGCUCUUAGGACCACCCGGCUCAGGCAAAUCGUCCUUGCUUUUAGCUCUUGCAGGAAAACUUGACAAGGACUUAAAGCAAACAGGUACUAUCACUUACAACGGCCACAAGCUUAACGAAUUUGAAGUUAGAAGGACUUCUGCCUAUAUAAGCCAAACAGACAAUCACAUUGCAGAACUCACUGUACGAGAAACCCUAGACUUUGGAGCUAGGUUUCAAGGUGCAAGUGAAGGCUUUGCGGCACACGUGGAAGAGCUGGCUAAGUUAGAGAAGGAGAGAAACAUUCGGCCAAGUCCAGAGAUAGAUGCGUUUAUGAAGGCCUCAUCUGUUCCUGGCAAAAGGCACAGUGUUUCAACAGAUUAUGUGUUGAAAGUACUCGGUCUUGAUGUGUGUUCAGAGACUGUUGUCGGUAAUGACAUGCUUAGAGGAGUAUCUGGUGGACAGAGGAAAAGGGUUACAACUGGUGAAAUGAUUGUAGGUCCAAGGAAAACACUCUUUAUGGAUGAAAUUUCUACGGGACUUGAUAGCGCUACUACAUUUCAAAUUGUAAAAUGCUUAGGAAACUUUGUUCAUCAAAUGGACGGAACUAUUCUACUGGCUCUUCUUCAGCCGGCGCCUGAGACAUUUGAUUUGUUUGAUGACCUUCUGCUGUUAUCAGAAGGAUAUGUGGUGUACCAAGGUCCACGAGCAGAAGUAUUGGAGUUCUUUGAGGGACUAGGAUUUCGCUUACCACCACGUAAGGGUGUCGCAGAUUUUCUCCAAGAGGUAACCUCCAAAAAGGACCAAGCCCAGUACUGGGCCGAUCCUUCAAAACCAUACAAGUACAUUCCCGUACCAGAAAUUGCUAAAGCCUUUAAUAAUUCUAGAUUUGGAAAGGCUAUCGAGUCCACACUUGCUACUCCAUACGAUAAAUCUAAGUCACAUCCUUCAGCUUUGGCAAAAACACAAUAUGCUGUUUCAACAGGGGAGCUUUUCAGAGCAUGCUUUGUCAGAGAAAUACUGCUGAUCAAAAGGCAUAGUUUUCUGUACAUUUUUAGGACAUGCCAGGUUGCAUUUGUUGGGUUCGUCUGCAGCACAAUGUUUCUACGAACAAGAUUACACGACAGUGAUGAAAUAAAUGGCGACCUUUAUCUUGCUAGCAUUUUUUUUGCACUGGUCCACAUGAUGUUCAAUGGUUUCUCUGAGUUAUCUCUCAUGAUAUCUCGGCUCCCGGUCUUUUACAAGCAAAGAGACAGUUCAUUUCAUCCUGCAUGGGCUUGGGCAGUUGCUAGUUGGGUUUUGCGUCUACCUUACUCUAUCCUUGAAGCUGUUGUAUGGUCUUGUAUAGUAUACUACUCAGUUGGGUUGGCCCCCAGUGCUGCUAGGUUUUUUCGUUACAUGUUAGCACUCUUGUCCGUCCACCAAAUGGCAUUGGGUCUCUUCCGGACGAUGGCAGCUGUUACACGAGAUAUGGUCAUUGCCAAUACUUUUGGAUCGGCAGCACUCCUUAUUGUUUUCUUGUUAGGUGGAUAUCUCAUUCCAAAAGCAAAAAUAAAGAAGUGGUGGAGGUGGGCAUAUUGGGUAUCACCGCUAGCUUAUGGACAACGCGCACUCUCUGUCAAUGAAUUUAUGGCCACAAGGUGGAAGAAGCCAUCUCCUCUUGUGCCGGAGAUGGAGCUCGGGAAAAGCAUUCUCCAUAAUCAUAACUUACCAGCUGAUGAUCAAUGGUAUUGGAUUGGAGUUAUAGCUCUUCUUCUUUUUUCGUUUCUAUUCAAUGGCUUGGUGACUUGUUGCUUAGCCUACCUUAAUCCAAUUAGAAAAAACCAGGCAGUAGUUUUAGAUGACGGCCAAGAGGAGGAGACUGUGACCAAACCUGCCGGAGAGGAGAGCAAAAAGAAAGGAAUGAUUCUUCCUUUUGAACCAUUAACAAUGACUUUCCACAAUCUUAACUACUUCGUUGACAUGCCAAAGGAAAUGACCAAAAAAGGUAUACCGGAAGCGAGGUUACAGCUCUUGUCCAACGUGAGUGGAGUAUUUUCACCAGGUGUUCUCACUGCUUUAGUUGGGGCUAGUGGGGCUGGGAAGACUACUUUGAUGGACGUCCUCGCUGGGAGGAAAACUGGUGGCUACAUAGAAGGGGAUAUUAGAAUAUCUGGCCAUCCCAAAGAGCAACGCACUUUUGCAAGAAUAUCAGGAUACGUUGAGCAAAAUGACAUACACUCUCCACAAGUGACAGUGCUAGAGUCUCUCUUGUUUUCUUCAGCUCUACGCCUUCCAAAGGAUGCUAGCGUGGAGAAAAAACGAGAGUUCGUUCAACAAGUAAUGAACUUAGUAGAGCUUGAUUCUCUAAAGGACGCUUUGGUUGGUAUGCCUGGUACUUCAGGGUUAUCAACAGAACAAAGAAAACGUUUAACAAUAGCAGUCGAGCUUGUUGCAAAUCCUUCUAUAAUUUUUAUGGAUGAACCAACAUCUGGGCUUGACGCAAGAGCAGCAGCAAUUGUAAUGCGGGCUGUUCGUAAUACUGUUGAUACAGGAAGAACUGUUGUUUGCACUAUUCAUCAGCCAAGCAUUGACAUAUUUGAGGCAUUUGAUGAGCUUCUUCUUAUGAAACGAGGUGGCCGAGUUAUAUAUGGAGGAAAGCUAGGUGUACACUCACAGAUAAUGAUCGACUAUUUUCAGAGUAUUAAAGGAAUCACUCCUAUUACGGAUGGGUACAAUCCAGCAACAUGGAUGCUUGAGGUCACUACAUCUGCUGCUGAAGAAAAACUUGGUGUAGACUUUGCAGAUAUAUACAGAAAUUCUGACCAAUUCAAGGGGGUGGAAGAAAAUAUCAAGCGGUUCAGCACACCAGCUCCUGGCUCACAACCAUUACAGUUCCCUACGACUUACUCACAAGACCAGCUUACUCAAUUCUACCAAUGCUUAUGGAAGCAAAAUCUUGUAUAUUGGAGAAGUCCACCGUACAAUGCCAUGAGAAUAGUUUUUACUAUUAUGAGCGCAGUAAUUUUAGGAUCAAUAUUCUGGGACAUUGGUCAGAAGAGGCACACAACUGGAGACUUGUUCAUGGUGAUGGGAGCUCUUUAUGCAUCGUGCUUGUUUCUUGGUGUCAACAAUGCUUCUUCAGUACAACCGGUUGUAUCAAUUGAGAGGACGGUUUUUUAUCGAGAGAGAGCAGCUGGAAUGUACUCUCCACUUUCUUAUGCAGGAGCUCAGGGUCUCGUGGAAAUUCCGUACAUUAUUUUGCAGACGUUGAUAUAUGGUUUAAUCACUUAUCUCAUGAUCAAUUUUGAAAAAGAUCUUGGAAAAUUCCUACUCUACAUGCUGAUCAUGUUCCUCACGUUUACCUACUUUACCUUCUAUGGCAUGAUGGCUGUUGGUCUUACACCUUCUCAGCACAUGGCAGCUGUUGUCUCUUCUGCAUUUUACUCUUUAUGGAAUCUCCUUGCCGGUUUCCUUGUCCCAAAACCAAAAAUUCCCGGUUGGUGGGUGUGGUUUUACUACAUCUGUCCUGUUGGAUGGACACUUAAAGGAGUGAUUAGCUCUCAGCUUGGUGAUUUAGAAGACCAAAUUGUGGGACCUGGAUUUAAGGGUACUAUUAAACACUACUUGGAUGAACAUCUGGGAUUUAGUUCUGGAGCUGUAACUUCUUCAAUUGCAGCACUUCUUGCCUUUAAUGUCCUCUUCUUUGGUGUCUUUGCUGCCUCUGUCAAGGUCCUCAAUUUCCAAAAGAGAUAAAAUAAACCCUAACUAAUUAAUGGCUGCUCAUCAUUAUUCAUGGACAGUCCCAUCAUUCUUACAAAAUCUUUAAUAUCAUGAGAAAGACACAGAAGAUAUGGAAACUCAGCUCCGCAGGAUAAUUUAGCCCUUGUCAGGUGUUUUAAUCUCGUAUUCUCAACAAUUGGCAAACAUUAACAAUUUUUCGCUACACAAACUCAUCUUCUUUUUUUCUUUUUCUUUAUUUAUUUAUUUAUUUUUUUAACUGUUACCCAUUGGUUGGAUGUGUUGUUAGUACCAUUUGUUUUUAAUUUUUUUCUUUGCAAUAGUUCUUCAAUAAAGAUAUUCUAGGCAGAGAUGUAAUAAUGUAUAACAUAAGAAAUUAAGAGAGUUGUUAUGAUCAAUAAUGCAAAUUUUUGAUAA